GCUUCUGAGCUUUGUGGCUUUACCCUCCUGUUCUCGAACAACUCCCAGUGACCCUUGCGUGGAGCGAGUACUAGAGCCAAGCGAUAGGAGGAAGCAGGGCCAAUGUUUGGCAUAGUGAUUACAUGUUGUUGUGCAGCUGCAGCGCUCCGCAUAUUGAAAGCAGGUCCUUUAUAUAAUCAGCUGGUGGGCGGGGCGGAUACGUCACUGACUGUCUCUCAGUCCCGCAGGUUAUGUUGAGGAAUAGCGGUAACCGAGUGCUGCAAAGUUUAACCAGAAACCCAGAGCCCACAUAUAUAACAUGAAACAUUCUGUUAUGAAAGAAAUCCAUCCCUCCUCCUUAUUUCCACCCCUGCCAGCAUUCUUCUAAUUGGAUGCUCUCGGAGACCAGGCUAGCCCAAUUGGUCCAACGCUAGUCACGUGGGAGGGGGGAGUCACGCGCUUUCCGGGAACCAGUCAGGAAGGAAAUAAACAAAACAAACCAGAAAGCAUGGAGUCUGUGCAGGGUUGUGGCCGUCAGCAGCAGGGAGGGUGAGAAACCCCUAGGGGAAAAGAAGACCUCUAGCAACCGCGGAAGUGUUAAUUCUCUGCUGUCAGUGUCUGCCGAUGAAAUUCCAGUUGCAUGAAGACAGUAUAACUCCAUUUCCCCUCUAACUGAGGAACAGCAGUCUUCCGUUGCAUGAAUAGUACUUUUGUCGUUGAUAUCACAGAAAAGCUGGAAAAGAGUUCUGUGGGUCAGCAGAGAAAGUAUUUAGGAUUAGGUCCUGAAGAUCUGGGCUUUGCGAUGCCUCAGCCCGGUGUCAGUGGAAUGGAUCCUCUUUUUGGGGAUGCCUUUCGGAGUCCCACAUUACCUGAGCAGACCUUAACGAGCACAGACCUUCUUGCAAAUAGCUCAGACCCUAUUUUCAUGUAUGAACUGGAUGAAGGAGUAGGCUAUCAACAGAGCCCAACUGAAAACUUCCUAAUGCUAGAAGACAGCAAAGAUUUUGAAAACUUGGAUUCAUUUAUAGAUGUCCUUGACAGCAGUCCACCUGUGUCUUCAAAUUGGGAGCAGUGGGAUACCUACUGCGAGGACCUGACAAAAUACACAAAGCUUACAAGCUGUGACAUUUGGGGAACUAAAGAGGUGGAUUAUCUUGGUCUUGAUGAUUUUUCAAGUCCCUAUCAGGAUGAGGAGGUUAUCGGCAAAACACCCACUCUUGCUCAGCUUAACAGUGAGGACUCCCAGUCAGUCAACGAUUCCCUUUACUAUACAGAUGGCUUCCUAGGCGCCAAGGCUUCAUAUAUACAAGGGAAGAAAAUGGCAGCAGGUAGAGCAGCUAUACCAGUGUGCUCAUCAAAGACUGCACAUACUGAGAUGCCAUUGGCUGACUGCUCCCAAAAGGCUACCAAGUCUGUUACAAGCAUCCAGAUGGCAGUAAAAAACAAUGUUUCAUGUGAAGAAAAAUGUAACCUUCAUGGGGGGUGUAAGGACUAUGUGAAAAAGGCCAAGGUCAAAAUCAGUACGGUACUUCCGUGUCGACCAACAACCACUGUGGUUGCCACUGAUGCAGCCAAGGAGAACACAUGUUUUUGUGGUGCCAUGGCUAAGAAGCAGGAGAGGGUAAUAAGGGAGACACCCAUAGGUCGUAAAAGCUGUGGCAUUCUGCCUUUCAAGGAAACGCAAAAACUUUUUUGUCCAGCGCCUGCACUUAUCACAAUCGGUCCUGGAGAUGGGAAUGCUUCUGCUGGAGCUUCUGCCUCUGAUCCUUCACAAAAAAAAGAGGAGCACAACUAUUCACUUUUUGUAUCAGAAGGCCUCACAGAACCAACAGUAAAGAGUGAGAUCCCUCAACAGGAGCAAGAGGAAGAGGAGGAAGUUGGCUUGGAUGAAGAAGAUCACGACGAAGGGUUUGGUAGUGAACAUGAACUAUCUGAGAAUGAAGAGGAGGAAGAAGAGGAGGAGGAGGAAGAAGAGGAGGAAGACUAUGAAGAUGAUAAAGAUGAUAUCAGUGAUACUUUUUCAGAACCGGGAUAUGAAAAUGAUUCAGUAGAAGAUCAAAAGGGAAUCCCCGCCAUCUCAUCCCGAAAGGGGAAGCGGAGAUACUUUUGGGAAUAUAGCGAGCAACUGAUACCAUCUCAACAGGAAGGAACAUUGAGACCCUCCGAAUGGAACAGAGAUACUCUUCCAAGCAACAUGUAUCAAAAGAACGGAUUGCACCAUGGCAAGUACACUGUAAAGAAGUCUCGUAGGACAGAUGUGGAAGACCUAACUCCAAACCCAAGAAAGCUACUGCAGAUUGGCGGAGAGUUGCGCAAACUGAACAAGGUGAUCAGUGACCUGACACCUGUAUCUGAACUUCCUCUUACUGCUAGACCACGGUCCCGUAAAGAGAAGAAUAAACUUGCUUCCAGGGCGUGCCGGCUUAAAAAGAAAGCUCAGUAUGAAGCAAACAAAGUGAAAUUGUGGGGCCUAAAUACUGAAUAUGAUAACUUGCUGUUUGUGAUCAAUUCAAUAAAACAAGAAAUCAUGAACCGGAUCCAGAUUCCAUGUGAAAAGUGGUCGGCUAGCAUGGAGCAGAAACUGGAUGCCAUGAUUAAAGACACUAUAGGUUCACCAGUAGCUGGACAGACCUCUGACUUUGUAAAUCAGAUUUUGGAGAAAACUUCAGAGGGUGAUGCAACUGGUGGCCUUGUGGGAUUACGUAUACCAACUUCAAAGGUGUGAUAGCCUCUCUGUACAGCCAGUACUGAUGUGUUGCACUCCUAUGUCAGUUCUUCACUCUCCAGUGUACAUUUUAAUAGAGCUUUUGCAUGUAAUUAUGCCCGUACCUUAUUGUUUUUUUUUUUUUUGUGCAAGCAGAUUCUUAUAAGACAUCCAAAAGUAAAAAUGUAUGUGGGGAGGACCCAAUGCAUGAGACAUUGCUUCAGCACAGAAAUAGUUGCUGUUAGUUGCUCAAAUUCUUUUCAUUUUUUUUGUACUGGCAGUUAUUCUUCUGCCUCUGCCAUAGAUGUGUGAUGUAUGUGUGUGUGUAUGUAUAUAUAUAUAUAUAUAUAUAUAUAUAUAUAUAUAUAUAUAUAUAUAUAUAUAUAUAUAUAAUAUAUAUAUAUAAUGUGUGUAUAUAUAUAUAUAUAUAUAUCUCUAUCCUCCUGUGAGCAGCACUCCGCCUGUUAACUUUCCCUCCGGUGCAUAUAUAUAGACGCACACACACACAGGCACACAUAAUAUAAAAUAUGGAUGUUAAAUGUGAAAUUUCAGAUAGUAAAAAAAAAUGAUAUGUUUGUUUUAGGAUAAGCAAGAACAAUUUCUUAUAGCUUCAUAAUAGUUUGAGCUUAUGCCAAAAUAAGACAGUGUGUACCCUGAGCACAACAAGAGUAACAUAAAAACAGUCUCAUUCUGCUGGAAUUGUAAGAUAUAGACAGACAUUCUAUUGUGUGCUCAGAGCAGUGUGUGUGUGUGUGUGUGUGUGUGUGUGUGUGUGUGUGUGUGUGUGUGUGUGUGUGUGUGUGUGUGUGUGUGUGUGUGUAUAUGUAUAUAUAUAUAUACUUUGUAUGUAUACACAUAUGCACUUAUAAAGCGUGAAACUUUGUAUAAAAAAUUAUCUUUGUGCCUUGUAAUUUGCAGAGUGAGAAGACACUUCUGAAGCUUAAGGCCAUUAAGGCUUUUUUGUAUGCUUUAAGGUGAAUUAAAAAAAAAAAACAACAUAUAAAACUUGUACUAACCUUAGUAUGUAGAUA